ACUUCCGCUUUUGAGGUCACGUGGCCAUAUGUGUUACUAGCAUAGACUGUAUUAGCAGGUUUGCUAGCUCGUCUGAAUCCAGGUGCCGAAAUAUGAGUCAGAUUGAAGAACUGAAAGUGUUCGUCUCGGAGCGGCUCCACGCUGCUGCCUCAGAAAUAUUAGGAGCUAUUGACAAAACAAUGACGGUUUAUGAGGAGCAAACUUCCCGUCUGAAGGAGGACAACGAGCGGCAUCGCUCUCUGCUGGAUAUUAUCCUCAAAUCCAAGUUAGUGCAGACAGAAGAAUUUCAUGCCAACAAAAGCCUCCCUGCUGCUGCUGCUGCUGUGUCUGCUGUGUCUGCUGGCCCAUGUCCAUUAGACUCAGGAUUAAAACAAAAGGCCAGAGAGACUGCAUUCACAACUCCCAGUGACCUUCAGUGUGUCUUCACCUCGUGUGAAGACUUUCUAAAGUAUGCAUCCAAUGAGAACUGUCCCUACUGCCUCAAGAGAAUACAAGGCAACGAGACACAUUUGAUGAGAAGGCAUUAUUUAUUUGCAGUUCAUUUUCAGGAUGGCACUGAAAAGUUUGUUGUACCGUGCAUGUGCAAGGACAAGAUCCAGGGCAGAAGUCACUGGCACUGCCCAUACUGCAAAAAGAUCAUUUAUCGGAAAUGUAACUUUGAGGUCCACCUAUCUAAACAGCACGGUUAUGCAAUACUGCAGCAAAGUCAAGAUGCAGAGACCAAUCAACCCUCUGUCUCUGAGGAAGAGGUGCCACUGAGUCCUGAACCCUGGAGUCAUCAGGCCUCACUGCAGCUUCAUCUUAAAGAGGAAUCAGAGCAAGUGAGCUACUCAGAGGAGCAGUACUCUGAACAAGUGGACAGCAAAGGUCAGGUGAUAGAAAAUGAAAAAGGUCGAAUUGGAGAACAAAGCCAAGAACCGAAUCAUGCCCAAAACUCUACAUUCAACAUUGUCUGUGUGGACAGUUACAUCCAAGAUAUUAGUGAAAUCAGCAGCGUCAGAAGCAGCAGAGGACACAGUGUUCCUAAUUCUUCAACUUGGGCUGUGGAAACUCAGCCUGAUGAUGAGGUCAUUGAAACAGUGGAGCCAGCUGGGGACUUACAGCAGACCACUAAAGACAGUGCGAUUGCUGAGAAUGGAAGAUGCAUUAAGACUCAGGAGUGGAAGACGACCCAAACACAUCCGAGUAGAAAGGCACUCAACUCAAAGAGGAAAAUGCGUGUGAGGAGAUCUUUACCCCGCGUGAGUUUGAGCGUAAAAAAAUCAGCAGCACCACCUGCAGGUCAGAACCCCACAGAUUGUUUUUGCUGUAAGGCAUGUGGAAAGAUUUUCCACUACAUGUACACACUGAGGACACACGUGCAAACACACACAAAGGAUAAAAUCCCCAUUUGUGGGAUUUGUGGGAAACAUUUAGAGUCUACAGAAGGUUUGGUUCAACAUCUACAAAGCCACACCAGGAGAAACAAGUGCGGUACAUGUGGCAAACAGUUUUCUAGUUUAUCCCGCCUGAAACGACACCAGAGCUUUCACAGACCAAGAGGUCUAAAAGUCCUGACAUCAGUUUAAAUACCACAGCUGGGGUAAAUAAUACAGAGGUCCACAAAUACACCAAAACCUGCUGUGAUUAUUGGAAAGUGAAAAGUGGAAUCUAUUGUUUUAGAGAUGUCCAGACGUCCAGCUAUUGGGUGAAAGUCAGUGUUGAUAUUUACUGUGCAUUGUAUUCAUACUAUUGUUUUUUUUAGUAUUGUGACUUUUCCAAUUUUGUGGACUUAAAGUCCAGUAAAAGUCUGGUAAGUCAUAUUUCAUUUUGUAUAUUUCUUGCAUAAUCAGUUUGCAAAUAAAAUGAUUUAGGUGGAUACACUCGUAACAAGUACAUUUUAACUUUAAUAGAUGGAAACUGCAGUGCAAGAAAACAUUAGUCACAGGACCUAAUAAAGCCUGGUUAAUAUACAGCUUUGGAGUAUUAAUUAUUAGACCACUGUUUUCUGCCUCUUUUGUAUUUUUGGUGAAGCCACACUAAGCUUCCUUCUUGCGUUACAAUGGACAGCUGCUUUGCUGAUUUCAAGCCAGUUAGUGAUGGCUCUUUGUUGUAUCUGUCUCCAUUAAACACCAAGAUGACUAUC